AUGUCUCACUCCGAUCAACAACUUGAUGCCCCCGCCCAGUCCCUUCAUGCAAUCAAUUUUACUUUGCCUGAAUUCUGGCAACACGCUCCAGAACUUUACUUCAUCCGCACAGAAUCAGCCUUUUAUUCUGCCAACGUUACCAAGGAGCUAGCAAAAUACCACAAACUCGUGGAGGUCCUCCCCGCUAGUGUCAUCUCUCAAGUUCAGUCCUUGCUAGCUAAUCCUCCUGCAGAUGCUCCCUUCUCCGCGUUAAAGGCAGAAAUCCUCCGACUUAAUUCUGUGUCUGACCGACAGAGGUAUCACCAGUUAAUUAAGGAGGAGUCAUUGGGUGACCGGAAGCCCUCAGAGCUUCUACGUCGGAUGCGUUGUCUCCUUGGAGACAUGCAAGUUGAUGAUAAAUUUGUCAAGGAGAUGUUCCUGGAGCGCCUGCCCACAGAUGUUCAAACGAUCCUGGCGUCCGGCUCUCAGGAUCUCACAGUGUCACAGUUGGCUGAGAUGGCGGAUCGAAUGAUAGAGGUGCAACGAUUCCAGUCACCUUCCGUUGCCCAGAUCUCAUCCUCAUCGUCAGUGAAUGAGCAUUUACUAAAACAGGUGUCGGCCAUGGCAGAUGAGAUGGCCUCUCUUCAAAUACAGCUCGCCCGCCUAACUUCCAGUCGCUCACGCAGUCGUCGUCGUUCUCGUUCGCGACCUCGGACUGCUGAUACUUGCUGGUACCACACUAAUUUCGGCGUAAAGGCCCGUCGCUGUUCCUCACCUUGCUCUUUUAAGCCAAAACAGGGAAACCAGUCAGCCAGAGAAUAG